CAAACGGACAGACGGACAACCGGACCACCGGAGAGAUGGCAUGGCUACCGAGCAGCUCGAAUGGAGCGGAUAACGCAGAUGAGAGGAGCACGGCCUCGAGUGGCUCCUCCGGACACAGCCAGGCCAACGGAUCUCCAUCCCCUCGUUCCGGAAACGGACACGGAAAUGGCAAUGGCAAUGGUGUUAUCCGGGACUCCGGCAGACAGCCGCCUGCCCUGCUCCGCCAUGCCACGCCCCAUCUGCAGCCCAAGACGGAGUCGGUCUCCGACGGAGACGGCGAUGCGGAGCUCUCCGACUUCUCCCUCAACGACACCGAGGAGGACGAGGAGGAUCUGCGGGACUACAUCGUGCUUAAUGGCAACCAGGCGGAUGGCAAUCGAUCGCUGUCCAGUUCGCCGCGCAGUCACUCCCGCAACGGAUUGCUGACCGCGCCGCCCAGCUCUGGAAGCUCUGCCGGCGGAGGCGGUGGGGGCGGUAAUGCCUCCUCCUCCGGGGGCAAUGCCAGUGGUGGAGGCGGCGGAGGAGUCGGCGGCACCGGCGGUGUGCGCAAGGUGUUCACCAACACCCGGGAGCGCUGGCGUCAGCAGAACGUGUCCGGCGCCUUUGCUGAGCUGCGCAAGCUGGUGCCCACACAUCCGCCGGACAAGAAGCUCUCGAAGAACGAGAUCCUGCGCUCGGCCAUCAAGUACAUCAAGCUGCUGACGGGCAUCCUCGAGUGGCAGCAGCAGCGCGGACCGACUGGUGGUCAGCUGCUGGAGACGAACAACAACGACAACAAAAUGGUGAAUGGCCAUGCGGCGGAUGGGGAACUGGUGGAGAACAAUCCGGAUAUGGCGUCGGUGCGGCACAUCAAGUGCGAACGAACCGAGGCGCAUCAUCAGCAGCGGAAUGGUAAUGGGGGCAAUGACCUGCUCAUGAUCGCCCCGGCCAUCAUCAAAAGCGAGCUCCUCCUCGAGUCGCCACUGCCACUGAGCAUUGCUCCGCAGGCCAUGGUGGAGGCGCGGAUGUCGGCAACCUCCGUAUCCGGCUUAAAGCCGACUGGCAGUGGCAGUGCUAGCCGGAGCAGCAAGCGACGCCUCAAGCCGGAGGGUGGAGCCACCGAUCUCAGUCUGGCCAAACGGCGCCGAACGUAGACUCUCACGGAAAUUGGUGCUCUGAAGGAACUGGAUGCCGGCUGAGCCGCAGCAACUGGAGCAACUGUCAGAUGGUUCACCACAUACCACUCAUAUAUAAAGCAAUUUUUUUCGAUUUUACCAAUAAAUUUAAAAGUUA